AUGGAACCUAGGGAAAGAUGUUGGCAGUGGUUUGACAAGAUCGUUGAUGAAAAAACUAGAGCUAUUAAAGCAAAAUGCAAGUAUUGUGGAAAACGUUAUGUUGUUACUUCAAGUGCUAGUGGUACUUCGUCGAUGAAUAAUCACAUGCUAAGAUUAUGUCUUUAUCGUCCUAAUGUUGGUAAAGACAGUCAAACAAAAUUAGCUUUUCUACCAUCUUCUGCGGAUGAUAAGGAAGGGGCGUUGGGGAAGCAAUUUCGACGUGGACGGAAGCCCUUGAGGGUUGGGGUCACAGUCCCACACUUUCAUAUUCCUUCUCAUAGAACCUUGACAAGAGAUUGUUAUCAGUUCUACAAUGAAGAGAAACAAGUUUUGAAAAAAGGUUUUCAAAGAAGUACGUCCAAAAAUUUGUCUUACGACAGUCAUAAAGGUGUUGCUAUAGCUGUUUCCAUUACUAAUUGCUUGCUUGAAUGGGGUUUGGAUAUUGUGUUUAGUAUUACUGUUGAUAAUGCUAGUUCCAACGAUGUUACAGUGAUAGAAAUAUCUAAACAAUUAAGUAAUUGGGGAACUAACAUAAUUGAGGGUCAACAUCUUCAUGUGAGGUGUAUGACACAUAUUCUUAAUCUUAUUGUGCAAGAUGGGCUAAAGAAAAUUGAUAAGUUUGUCAAGAAAGUGAGACAAGUUGUGAAGUAUGUUAAACAAUCUUCCUCGAGAGUUAAGAAGUUCAAAGAAUGUUGUGAAUCUCAAUUGAUAACUUGUAAGAAAUCUGUAUGUUUAGAUGUUCCUACUCGAUGGAACUCUACAUACUUGAUACUUGAAACAGCACAAUAUUUUGAGCUUGCAUUUGAAAGAUAUAGUUUUUAUGAUAAUGAUUUUUUAGAUUAUCUUCGCACCUCUUCUUUUGAAGAUGGAACUAAUGCAGGCGUAUUUACAAGUGAGGAUUAG